CUGCUUGUGGUCAUUAGUGAGAGGACUACUCUAUUUUCAGACCAAGACGGUGCAGAGCCUUGUGCUAAUUCGGUGGCCGUGGGAAAUCUAGUGCGUCUGUUCGAUUUCCUCGAUAAAAAGGAAUAUAAGCAAAAGGCUGAGAAGAUAAUUCGAGCAUGUUCUACCAGGCUGGCAAAACACUCCUAUAUUUUGACAAAGAUGAUACCUAACUAUCAUCGAAUGCUGAAGGGUUCCGCGAAGAUUGUUGUUGUCGGCGAAGCGUCAAAUGAACUGGUGAAGAGUUUCCGGGAGGAGAUAAAUACGCACUACAUUUGGAAUAAUAACUCUUUCCUUACUGAAAGAAGUGAAGUGUACGCGGAUAUGUUGAAGAGAGAGGAGCCCACUGUGUUCAUUUGUGCCAAUUUCACAUGUGGUCCUCCAAUAACAUCUCUAGAUGAGCUAAAAGCAUCACUGAAGCAGCUAGUUGAUCAAGAAAAUUAA